GCGGCGGAGGAGAGAAAGCAUCUUUGUCUGCACAGAGAGAGGAGCUCCGGGCUUCCCUGCCUACUCCUCCAUCGACAGCAGCACCUCCACAUAAGGAGACCGUCCCCCAUCCUCCCCCCUGGAGAUAGUCAGACAGACAGACAGACAGUCAGACAGACAGACAGGCAGAGGACAUCCAUCUGACGCAGUCAGCUCCGCUCAAACUGGGACUUUUUCCUCGCGCUGCAGGAAUAUUCCGAGCCUUUCCGCGCGUCCAUGUGUCGGCUGGCUGGAUGAUGCUCAGGAUGUUGGGAUGCUGAGGAGAGAGGAGGCUGGACCCAGGCUGCGUGCCUAGCGAACCCAUGGAGGACUGACAGGAACAGUGCUGGAUGGAGGCCAAGACACUGGAUGGCGAAGACGAGGAAGCGCACAGCAUUGUGGAUCAGUCCAAUCGUUUGUUCUCGUCCUCAGAUCCCAUGAAGAUGCAGCGCGUUCCGCCAUGUGCUUCAGCUGUGAGAGAUGGGGAAAAGCUCCAGAGAGGCAACCAAGGCUGAACAAACUCCUGUGCUGCACGUAGGAGUCGGAGUCUUUUUCUGCAUAUUUUAGGGUGAAAAAAAACAACAUAAUUAUAGACGGUUAAAAAAAAAAUCACUUCCUGUAAGAUUUAGAGACCGCACAGGAGCUGUUGCAGAUAGGAAACAGGAGCCAUGAUGGGCAGCUGUGACGGCAGGGUUUCCUGGUGUCUGCUUUUAGCGGGCUUGGUGCUAACAGGAAGAGCUCUGGAAUAUGAAGGCGUUCCCGGUCAGUGGACUCGUUACGGUCAGUGGGACGCAAAAACGACCGGUGAGCUCAGCUUCAUCCUGAAAACCAACAUCAGCAAAGCCUUGGUUCUCUACCUCGACGACGGAGGGAACUGCGAUUUCCUGGAGCUCCUGAUCGCAGACGGGAGGCUGCAGAUGCGCUUCACCAUCCACUGUGCUGAACCGGCGUCCCUGCACACCGAGACGCACGUCAACGACCUGCGCUGGCACCGAGUCCUCCUCAACCGCAACUACAAGGAGACCAAACUGGUGGUGGACAACGAGGAGAAGGUGGCGGAGGUGAAGUCCAAGAGGAAAGAGAUGGUGGUGGCCAGCGACCUGUACGUGGGCGGGAUCUCGCCUGACGUGCGCCUCUCUGCUCUGACGUCCAGCACGGUCAAAUACGAACCCCCGUUCCAGGGCUUCAUCAGCAAUUUGAAAGUGAGGGAGGCUCUGCCGGUGCUUCUGGACGGUCAGGCCGUGCACAAUGAUUUGGAGUACAUAUGUGAUGCGCACUCUCCCUGCAGCAACAAAGGCCUCUGUUCUGUGAGCCAAGGAGAGGUCCUCUGUGACUGCAUCACCGGCAGCCACCAAGGAAAGUACUGCCAGGAAGGUCUGGCGCACCUGAUGUUAAACCGCCAAGGGCAGGAGGAAUCUGUGGCCACCUUCAAAGGCAACGAGUUCUUCAGCUACAACCUGUCUCAGACUCCCAUUCAGAGCAGCCUGGAUGAAAUCACGUUGUCUUUCCGAACCCUGCAGAGGAACGGCCUGCUCCUCCACACAGGGAGGUCGGCCGACUACGUCAACCUGUCCCUGAGGAACGGAGCGCUGUGGCUGGUAAUUAACCUGGGCUCUGGCGCUUUUGAAGCCCUGGUGGAGCCUGCCAGUGGAAAGUUUAAUGACAACGUCUGGCAUGACGUGCGAGUGACACGCAACCUCCGACAGCACGACAGACUGAUGGGAGGAGUGGCCAACGCUCUGGAUAACGAGUUACAUUUUAUUUUAACAGUGGCACCUGGUGGUGACACGACAACUUGUUUCCUUACGGGGUUUUAUCAAUUAAAGUAUACUAUCUUGGAUUUUUCUGACUAUUUCUAUGUUUUCAGGAGCCCAAACACAUCUGAUCAACCUCGUUCCCAGCUGUCGUCUCAACACAGCCUCUCUCUGGUUCUUCAGGUGGUCUACAAGAAUAAUGAGUUUAGGCUGGAGCUGUCACGGAUGGCUGAACAGCGAGACACAAAGAUCAGUAUCCAUGGAGACCUGAUGUGUAGCUGCGAAAAUGUGGAGGCUCUGGAGCCGGUCACCUUUGACACGCCGCACGCUUACUUGACGUUGCCCAGGUGGAACACAAAGAAGACGGGCGCCAUUUCCUUUGACUUCCGCUCCACGGAGCCCAGCGGCCUGCUGCUGUUCAGCCACGGCAACCUGCAGGGUACGGUCCCAGACAGGAAACCCCGCGCCGACUUCUUCGCCGUCGAGCUGAUGGAGGGACUUCUCUACCUGGUCAUGGAUAUGGGCUCGGGCAGCAUCAAGAUCAAAGCCAGCAACAAGAGGCUUGAUGAUGGCGAGUGGUGCCACGUGGACUUCCAGAGGAAAGGGCGCAAUGGCUUUAUCUCUGUGAACAGCCAGAGCAUCCCCUUCACCGCUAAUGAAGGCAGCGAGAUCCUUGACCUAGAUGGAGACAUGUAUCUGGGAGGUUUACCCGAAGACCGGCAGGCCCUCGUUCUCCCACCUGAGGUGUGGACGGCCUCUCUUGGCCUCGGCUUCGUGGGCUGCGUCAGGGACCUGUUCAUUGACGGGCAGAGCCGUAACCUGUGGAGGCUGGCUGAGGUCCAGAGCGCCACCGGUGUCAGCAGUCUCUGCACCAGGGAGACUCACUCGAGGUGCACCAGAGACACGUGCGCCAACGGGGGCCACUGCAGAGAGGGCUGGAACCGCCACAUCUGCGACUGCAACAGCACUGGCUUCAUAGGCCCCAGCUGUGAGAAGGAGGCCACGGCGGUGAGCUACGACGGCAGCAUGUUUCUGAAGGUGGUGCUGCCGAGGACGCUGCACACCGAGGCCGAGGACGUGUCCCUGCGCUUUAUGUCCCAGAGGGCCUUUGGUUUACUGAUGGCCACCACAUCUCAGCAGUCAGCAGAUACGCUGCGCGUGGAGCUGGACGGAGGCCGAGUCAAACUCACCGUGAACCUGGAUUGUAUCAGGAUAGACUGUAAUCUCAGUCCCAGCACCACCUGCACAGAGGACUCCUGCCAUCACCAAGGUGUGUGUCUGCAGCUGUGGGAGGGCUUCUCCUGUGACUGCACCAUGACCACCUACGGAGGACCUUUCUGCAGCGACCCCGGGACCACGUACAUCUUCGGGAAAGGAGGUGCCCUCAUCACGUUCACCUGGGCCCCCAACGAGCGACCCAGCACCCGGGCUGACCGCCUAGCAGUGGGCUUCAGCACGCAGCAGAAGGACGCCAUCUUGGUGCGAGUGGAGAGUACCCACGGGCUCGGAGACUUCCUCCAACUGCACAUCGAUCAAGGGAAGAUCGGCGUCAUCUUCAACGUGGGAACAGACGACAUCAGCAUCGACGAGCCCGCUCUCGUCGUCAACGAUGGCAAGUACCACGUUGUGCGCUUCACACGCAGUGGCGGGAACGCCACCCUCCAGGUGGACAACAAUCCUGUCCUAGAGCGGUACCCCCCAGGGAGACAGUUGACCAUCUUUAACAGCCAGGCUGCCAUUAAGAUUGGCGGUUAUGACAAGGGUCGGCCCUUCCAGGGUCAGAUUUCAGGGCUGUACUACAACGGCCUUCAGGUGCUCAAACUGGCCGCAGAAAACGACCCCAGCAUCCAGGUGGAGGGGAACCUGCGCCUGGUGGGGGACUCGCUGUCUGUGCCGACCACCGACACCACCUCCGCCACGCCUUUGGCUGUGUCUGACAUGUCCACCACCAUCAUGGAGACCACCACCACCAUGGCCACCACCACCACCCGCAGGCAGCGGUCGCCGAGUCUGAGGGAGAGCAUCUCAAAGAGCUCUGAUGAUAUUUUGGUGGCAUCAGCUGAGUGUCCAAGUGAUGACGAGGAUCUGGAGGAGUGUGAACCAGGCACAGCCAACCCCACCACCUCGGACGAAAAGAGCCAGCCUGGCGCCGUGGAGGUGAUCCGGGAGUCCAGCAGCACCACGGGGAUGGUGGUGGGCAUCGUGGCAGCUGCUGCUCUCUGCAUCCUCAUCCUCCUCUAUGCCAUGUACAAGUACCGGAACCGGGAUGAGGGCUCGUACCCGGCCGACCAGAGCCACGGCUUCGCCAACAACUCCACUGCAGAGGGCAACGGAGCAGUGGUCAAAGACAAAAGCACAGCAACUGCCUCUGUGGCCAAGGCCAUCACAAAAGGCAAAAAGAACAAAGACAAGGAGUACUACGUUUGAGACGGCAGACAGGGACUGAGACAGGGCGGAGGACGCUUUGGGUUUUCUGCCUGAAUUCGUCAGGAAGAUGAGAAAAGUCACAAGGAAGCAACUGCACAAAGCAAACAUGUAUUACUUUUACAUAAUUUAAGGUUGACCAGCUCCCAGUGGUGAUAAAUUCUUCUCUGUGACACGAGAUGGGACUCAUCCUCUGUGUCAGAACGGGCUCUCCGUCUGCAGCCACCAGUUCUGUUAGUGUAUGAGUUCAUUUGAUGUUUUUCACUAGCAAGCAAAGGGAAACAUACACUUUGGCUUUGUAUAUAGCAUGGAAAUGUGAGGAGAGUGCUGAGAACAUCCAGUUUCUUUGGACUUCUUUGUAAUCCCGAGUCUCAAUGUCCCCAUUAUGGUCCACGAGGCAGAACCGGCCAGUUAUUGAAUUUUUCUGGUAGAUGAGCUGCGCGCUGCCCCGGCACUCAUCCUGAGCACACUCAGACAGAAAGCCUUCACUUGGAGAAGACUUAACAUCUGCAGCCUCCACAUUUUACGUUACGUGACUUUGAAUCUACCCCCAAACAGUGUGUGUACGUCCAAAAGAAAUGAUCUUGUUCUGCUGCUGUAAAGGACAUGAGAUUUUUAUAAUUACAGCAAGCUGAAAGUGGUGAUAACAUCGCUCCCGUAGUGUGGUCAGUGAAUCUUUUCCAUUUGACAAAUCCGAAAUGUGAUGUGUGAGAGAUAAUGCAGUCGGUCUGCUAUUACAAGUAGGGAUAAUUGUGACCGAGUGAGCCAGUGAACACAGCCGAAGGGUUUCGCUCCUCUAUAAACACAACUUGUAUGUACUGUACAUAGAAAGGUUAGCAGAUCGACAGCAUCCUUAAAGAUGUGAAAAAGAAAUAAGCAUCCCAACGUUUUCUCAUGCCAGCAUCUAAACCGAUUUAGUCUGAGGAGCUUUGAGAAGCACAUUUGAAGAUUUUCUGAAGCUGCUUCCCUCACAGUCUUUUCUUUUCUUUUCUGCUAAACUGUCUCCAAAGGCUAACACAAAAUGGAGGCAUAUCUCAGAGGGGAAGAUAUUCCUUGUAAAGCAGCCAAACAUGUAUUGUUUUUUUUUUUUUUAUAUAUAUAAGUUACCAAAAGACUAUUCUAUUGGAUGAAUAAUUACAGAAUUUGUGAAUUGUAAUGAUAUUUCUCUGGUAUUGAUGUAUCUUGUUGCCACUCUUCUGAACACAUCACGUUUUAGGUUGCUUUCUGCGUUAAUCUGGACUUUGAAAGCACACUUUCCUCAAAUAGCUGCAACCAUCAAAUGUUUUUAAAUUAUUUAACGACUCAGUUUAUGCAGCGAAAAAGUACACACGGAUGAAACAAAUCAAUGUUUUAUUUUUCUGUUGCGCAUUUUCGAUGUGCUGGAUCUGAUGAUAU